GGUACCUCCUACUAACCUCUCGUCCAGUCUUCAUCAUUUUGGAUUCUUCAACUUUAAAACACCGUCUAAACGCGACCGACAUUCGACCUGACUACGUUUGAGCUUACCUAGGUUAGGUACCUAAGGUAAAAUUAUAAGCCACUACUUUUUUACUUCCUCUUAUCUUGAUCUCGGCAUCCUAAGAUCAACUUCGACAUGAGCCGCACUUUAGAACCGACUCUCCUUUCUCUAUUACCUACAUACUCUCAAGACUUACCUCAACCUCUCCUUGAGCUCGCGUCUUCUUUGCUUGCACAGUCUCGUCAUAAUGCCGGCGCACUCAGGGCUGAAGAAGAAGUAGCUCGGACUUACGCAUGUGCUCACAUUGCUUGCGAGCGCCUAAAGAUAACCCUCGAUCUUCCGCCGAUCCAACCAAGACCUCCUGUUCCACCUCGAAUAUACAAGAGACUAUAUACUCACCUCAACAAUGUCUUACCUGCGAAUGCAGUGGGGCGGUCAGGGCGGGUGCGGACGCCGAGCUCAAAACUACGCGAAUUGGGGACACUAGAUAGCGCUCAACGGAUUCCCUCUCGAGGUACGCCUACUAAGGAAGAAUCGUUAGCCAAGUUCCGGUCUCCCACCACACUCAGGGUUAAUAGUACCCCUACGAAGUCUUCAAGUAAGCCGCCGCCGAUCCCCGCCAAGAGAAAAGCUGGAGGAAGCAUGAGCGUACUGCCGGCUUGGAUUCGACCGACUAUUCAGUUUAUGUGUAAAGAGCUGGAUGAGGAAAGCAUCGGACGAAUCGUCUUGGCCGGUAUGCAGACAAUCGUCACUCCACACGGGAAACGAACGAAGGACGAAUGGGUCAACGGGCACUUAACAUCGUUGCUUGCGGCCGUAUAUUUUCUCGUUUCGUCCCAGAUAUAUGUUUUGGAACAAGGCAAGGAUUUAGACGAUCCACAAUACGCACGGAUGCGAAAAUCUAUCCUCAAUGUUAUGGGGCGAGCGCAGGAGAACGUUAGCGUAGUAGGUAUGGAUGAAGACGAGCUUUGGAUCGGAUGGUCGGACAUAAAGUCGAGAGAUGUAGAUGGUGCCGUUGCCAAAGUAGUCGAGAAUAACUGGCAGGAAGAAGAGUGGUUCGCGGGCAUUAAACAUAUAAUCAAGGCGAAAAAUACCAGUAAGGACGGCGAAGACGUGGAAAUAGACGAUGGAGAUGAAGGGCAAGUCAGCGGAAAGCUUCAUAUCCAGAGGGGCGAUACUAUGCUUCAGAGCAAGUGGGAUAUGACUGAUAAAAAGCGAGAGGAAUAUCGCGAGUGGAAAGAUGAGAUGAUGCGCCGAAUCGAGGAGUUUGAACAUUCCCAAACAUCCACGAUAGAUAUCCACGCCACCGCAUGAUGAUGUAACGAGUAAUUCCAGGAGUUGAGAACCAGGUACUUGGUAGGUAAUAAAAACUUCUACACUUAUGUCCUCAUCCAGGUUGCCUGUCUGAAUCAACCCUCGAAAUAUUCCAGUCAGUUCAUCUGUUUAAUACCAUAUUAUAAGACGAGAGGCUGUUCAGAACUUUAAGAAUCCUGAGCAUUAGUAUAUUCUCACACGUCAAAACGUCAAUAACCUAUUCUCCC